AUGCUAAGUCCAUAUAACUAUACACCACGAGAACCAGAAGCAUACAACCGGCACAGCUUCUAUGAUUCACAAGCAAAGAAGAAUUCACUAGCAACUACAGCUAGUACCAACACAACAUCAAGCCUGAAUAGUAAUACUUUUACCAACCCCGAUGAUUUUAUAACGUAUAUUGUUCCAGAUUUUAAUGCCGUCAAGUAUUUCCAAAAGGACUUUGUUACAUCUAACGAGUUUUAUUUGCAAGAAGAAACCGAGGUAAACGGGUUUGAGCUAUAUCUAGUAGAGCAAUGGGUGAUAAAUCGAAAUAUAGGAACAGCCGUCACCACAUUCACAGGUAAUGAGCUGUCCAAAAUUUCAGCCAUUAGGUUUACUGUGAUAAAAAAGCCAACGAAAUACUAUCCAAUCCGGUUUCAAGAGUAUCUCAAUGAGAUUAUUCAGAACCAUUCGAAAAUGAAAACGGUGGACAAAGUUGAUCGUGAAAGACCCAGUGUAGCAACGGAGAGUCGAGCAAACAGUACCAACGAAUUGUUGAUUGUUUCAAAAUUAACCAACAAGCCUCCGCUGUUGAAAAGGGAAAAGGCAACACUGGAGCUUGCAAAUGAGGUAUGCUUUGUAACAAACUUGGCAUCGCUUCCUUCAAAUUUGAACCUUAUUCCAGUUCCCGAUGGUGAUGUUCGUAAACUUGAAGCACCAUUCAUGAUCAACUAUGAUUUAAAAAAACUCCAUUGCACCGGUCGGUCAAUGUCAUUGACGACGGAGAAAAUUACAGAUGCCAGCGAGGGGAAAUUCCGCCAAAUGUAUGUUGUUUACAAUGUUAAAAUCCCAGUCAAGUUUGCCGUGAGAGAGUUAGUUAACAUUAUUCAAACAUGUUUAUUCUACUUUGACCUAUUGGAUGGUAGAUAUUGCACUGGACUAUUAUGCAUCAAAACCGAGGAAGCAAUCACCAAUUGGUGGAACUUAAUUGGUCUUCCACACUUUAAUACUAAACCUGAUUCCCUGAACGGGAUUUUACCUCCAAAAACUGUUGCUGCCAUUAUUAGUUUACUUUUAAGUAUCAGACUACGAUUGAUUAUUCUCGGUGUCUCUGACGUGCCAAAGGAUCCUUUUGAUUUCGAAGCAUUUAUGUUGGCAAUCGGUAUGUUUCAAAGACAAUAUAAGAUUGAAAAAUCACGGAAGUUGGAUAUGCAGACUUUGAACAAGCUUUUCACCACAACAAACCUGAAGCUUAUGCCAGAAAAGGGCUCAAACUAUUUUUAUAGCUCACCUUAUGGCCCAGAGGAAAUUGGGACUCAGAGCGAGUACGAUUUCAUGGCUAAUCCAAUGAUAACGCCAUCAUCAAACGAAUUGGGAUCUAGAACGAGCUUCAAUACUCCAACAAUGUCCAAGCGUCUGUAUGGGAAAAGGGAAUUGAAGAAGAUGGCCAACGUGAUGAAGAAUACAGUACAGGACCAUAUUAGUGCUGCUGCAAGCACUCGUGAUAACGAUGAUUCAGGCUCAAGCUCGAAAGUUACUGGAGGUAGAAUAAGGAAUAGAAUUGCAAAAUUGGCAGACACUGCUAGCCCAUUGGACGUCGAAACUCUUGAAUUAGGCAACUUGGUGCAAAAUAACCUAGCGGGAAGGACCCUAAUUAGACUCUUCCAUGGUAUCAAUUCCGGCGGUGCAUUUUUGAUGCACGAUGCAGAUUUCCGUGGUGGUCGUCAUCAUAAAGUUAAUGAUUUGUUAACAUCAGCACCUUCAACAUCAACUUCUACAUCAGCAGCAGCCGUAGCAGCAGCAACAUCGGCAGCAACAACAUCAACAGCAGCACCGACUACAUCAACAUCAACAGCCACAGCCGCAGCAACAACUGCAGGAACAGGAACCGGAACAGCAGCAACAACAACACCAACAACAAAUGCGAGAAAUGGCAAGCAUUCCAAUGAUGGACAGUCUUACUUGUACAGUUUUGAAAGUUUAAGAGAUAAGAUUAUCCAGAAUAAUAAUACCCAAUUAAAUCCAGACAAUUCAAAGUAUUCUUUGGGAUUUUCAAAAAAAUUUGGACUCCCAAGUAAGAAAGGUGUGAAUGAAAUAAACCCUUCAUCUUCCCAUUUGGAAGUAUCCAAAUUUGAUGCAAAAAGAUCUAUGCAAAGCUCAUCCAUGGUUGAUUCAUUCUUGCGGCUCGGCGAUCAUUUUACAGAAAAUACUGGCUCUGACGCAAGCAGAAAGUCAAUAGAUUCCCAUCGUGUUAAACAAAAACAAAUUCCUGAUACACCCUCAACUCAGUUUAUCCGCGACUUGAAUAGACGUAACUCAUGGCCACUUCUAUUGAAUAAGAAUGAAAUUAGUCUCAAUACUUCUAUCCAAUUUAAGAAUGAGACCAAGGUCAACCCUGCUAAAGUCUCCGCUUCGAGGGAUAAAGCAAUGAAAAAAAGCUUUAGCACGUCUCAAAUAUCGCAAAUAUCAAGUUCAGGAUUUGGUACUACUGACACCGCUAUGGCUGCUACUCAUGCUACAACCACUGAACAAACAACACUUGUCACGAUUUCCAAAUUUGUAAAUACAUAUUUGGCCAAUAUAAACAAGUUGAUGAAGUAUGAAAAUUUAAGAAACCACUAUUUUUUAAACGACAACAAAGAAGAGCUUUCUAAUGUUGCACUAGCCAAGUUGUUUCAAUUGUUGAAUGUUGAUCUUAUGAAAGUCAAAAAUAUGAAAGGUCAUCUUCUAAACAAUAAGCGUAGGGUUAUGGAAGAAGGUUUAGCGGAUAACCUCGAGUAUAACUUGAAUACAUUGUCUAACAAUGUGGACCGCUUAUCUUAUGAAGCCAGAAUUGUGUCAAAGAAAUUGAGAGAAACGGAAGACAAUUUCAAAGUGUACGAAAUGAAGUUGAAAGAAGAUUGCCAGAAAAAGAUUCUCAAUAUUGUAGACCAGGUUUUGAAAUCUAGAGAUUUUAAAGAAGUUUAUCCUAACAUAGAGGAACGCAGACAAAUUGCAUUUAAACUAACAGGUGACGCAAACUAUGCUGAUUUUGACAGCGAUGACGAAAGAAUGAGUCCCAUUAGGUAUAUUGUUGUAUUAAUUUACGACAUAUUUAUUUGUAUACUCCUGUUUGUUAAAUUUGAAAAAACACACAUGAACCUUGCAAGGAUAAGAAACAGCUGGGCUAGAGUUGAUCCAUCGAAAAAGUUUAUAAAUAGGACUUAUUCAUACCUCGGCCGUCGUCCAUCUUCCGAUAGUGUUGCUAUAUCCGAUAUGAACGAAAAGUAG